AAACGGAAUUAUCAAAUACCUGAAAUAAAUUUAACCCCUUUGCAGUGCAAACGCAUCGUUUUGUCUUGCAUUCUAUCUGAAAUUCUUUCUUUUUUCUCUCUCUAACAUUGUCAUUUACCGUACGCACGCCAUGACCGCCCCCUCCGCUUCUUCACGCAAGGCGUUGAGCAAGAUCGCUUGCAAUCGGCUACAGAAAGAGCUGGUGGAGUGGCAGGUGAAUCCUCCUGCGGGUUUCAAGCACAAAGUUACUGAUAAUCUUCAGAGAUGGAUAAUUGAAGUCAACGGUGCUCCGGGGACGCUUUAUGCAGGGGAAACGUACCAGCUUCAGGUUGAUUUUCCGGAGCAUUACCCCAUGGAAGCGCCGCAGGUUAUAUUUGUUCCUCCAGCUCCUUUGCAUCCUCACAUUUAUAGCAAUGGCCAUAUAUGUCUGGAUAUUUUAUAUGACUCUUGGUCCCCAGCCAUGACUGUGAGUUCAAUUUGCAUCAGCAUUCUCUCUAUGCUGUCGAGCUCCACAGUGAAGCAACGCCCAGCUGAUAAUGAUCGCUAUGUGAAGAACUGUAAAAAUGGUAGAUCUCCCAAGGAGACAAGAUGGUGGUUCCAUGAUGAUAAAGUGUAAUAACUUGAAUUUGGAUAAAGCUGUGACACCGUCUCACUCUAGGGCUGGAGGAUAGUUUCUUCCCUUUAAAGAUUAGGGGAAGACGGAAAAAAUAUAUAUAAAUAUUCGGAAAGAACAAAAAAUAUCUUGUUAACUGCUCUGGAUGCCUUGAUGGCAUCAAACAUUCAGUAGCCGCUGGCCGAAUGUUGAUGGAUGUAUCUAUUUAUAUAUAUAUAUAUAAAGUAUCAGUAGUUCUGUCUAUGGUGUAUGAAGUAAUGUGCUAAAAUUGUUGGACAUAACAGUUUUACACUGUAAAGCGUAAGCCUUUUUACC